CUCUCUUUCAAGUUAAAGCUUCUUUUUUUUUCCUGGUUUUUUUUGCGGGAGAAAACUCGUGUGAUGAAGGAGCGAUGGAUCUGUUGAGUCAGCUGGAAACCAUUUUGGAAUCUGAUCCUCUCAUUGAUGAAGUAGGGCUUAUUCACUCAUCUCAGUUUGUCACUCUCAACAAAGAGGUUGGUGAAUUCGGUAACUCGUCCGUGGAUGAUGCUUUCAGACCAACAGAUACAAAAUUUUGGAAUAGAGAUCAUAAGUUGGGGAUUUCAACUGAAGUUGUUCUUCCUUUGUGUAAAGCUGCAAAAAGCGCAUUCAUGGAUGCGAUGAAGCAAUAUAAGAUGCUUAGCAACUUAUCAGAUGAUAAGCAUGAGGAUGAGAACAUCGUUUAUGGCUCUUCAUCGUCUUGCCAAUAUUUCGAACACGAAGUCAUGAAGCACAGCAGAGCACUUUUAUUGUUAAGCUGUGAUUUUGGCACUGCAUGGAAUGCCAGGAAGCUACUUGUGUUGAAGAAGCCGCAGCUGUCAGUGUUUACAGAUGAACUUCUUUUGUCCGCUCUUGUUCUCUCUUAUUCACCUAAAAGCGAACAAGCUUGGAGCCAUAGGCGAUGGGUGAUCAAGAUGAUUGCUGAGAAAUAUCUGAAUCUUCAACAAAUUGUAGCAAAAGAAUCCGGGCUCGUCGAAAAAAUAGCUGAGAGAUCAAAAAUGAACUAUCGAGCCUGGAAUCAUCGCUGCUGGUUAGUUUCCUAUAUGACAAGAGAACAGAUGCUUCACGAGUUAAAGAGAUCCAAAGAUUGGGCUGGAUUACAUGUUGCCGAUAAUUCAUGCUUUCACUAUCGUAGACGGCUAAUACUCAGGAUUUUAGAGAAUAAGCCGAACAAACAAGGUGACAACUUUUCUUAUGAUGUGGAAAACUAUCAAGUCAUGAAGGAGGAACUCGAGUUGAAUGAAGUUUUAAUAAAGCGGUACAUUGGGAGAGAGGCUCUCUGGCUUCAUCGUCGUUACCUGUCCCUAUGUUGGAUACGGCAUUUGACAACCAUGUGUGGUAUUUCAUACCAUUCUGAGCAGAAAACCAACAUGGAUAAUGAAAUCAAUAUAUUUUUUGAUAAAGAAUUUUGUCUCCUGGAUUCCUGCUUGAUGAUUCAAGAUACAGAAUUCGAGGAUUUCGAAGCACAAGCGAUGUGCUCGGCAAUUUACUUUGUGUGGCUGAUAAAGAAAAUUCCUCAAUUUAGGAAGGUCGAAAUGCACGAGAAGCUAAAAGUAGGAAACUUGAAGAACAUACUACAUAAGACAUGUUCUGAAAGAUCUUUCCUUCGGGAUCUUUUGGAAGAGAGGUAAUCGGGUGUGAUUAUCACCUGUACCUGAGUGCUCUUCGUCUACGAAAGGCACUUGCCUUCGCCCUGUGCCUUGCGUCUUCGUCCUGCGCCUUGUGCCUAGGCUUCAGGGACCUUUUGCACCUUGGUCUGCGUUACGCCUUGUAAAACUAAGGUUACAGGUACAUGUUCAACACGUACAUACAAAAUUUGUUUGAGAUCUUUUAUAUAUUUAGAGAACCAUACCUCCAUACUCAUCUUCAAAUACAUAUCGGACACAAGUGUUGAACAUGAUUAAGCCUUAUCGACGAUGAAGAGUCGGCAUAACAUAAAUCUCUGUGCGACUACUUAUUUGGAAUCAACUUACAUCCUCUAGUUACAUGUGAAACAAAAUUUGUGAUGAAUUCAAAUUCGACA